CGGACUGCUCACCCACCCAAGGGCUUUGGAAGAAGUCAGCCCGUCUCCCAACUUAAAUCAGUCCCCACUGCUUCCAGAAGAAAAGGCAAGCUCGUUCCUAUGACACCCGUGGACAAGUGCUCGGUGCUGACCUACCCAGGGCCCUGCAAGCCUUGAAAGGCCUCAUCCUCUUCCCGUGUGCAGGAGCCGGAGGUCUGCCUCCUAUGCACCCCAGCACCCCCAUCAGCUCCCUCUUCUCCUUCACCAGCCCUGCAGUGAAGCGGCUGCUGGGCUGGAAGCAGGGAGAUGAAGAGGAGAAGUGGGCAGAGAAGGCCGUGGACUCUUUGGUGAAGAAGCUAAAGAAGAAGAAAGGCGCCAUGGACGAACUGGAGAGGGCGCUGAGCUGCCCAGGCCAGCCUAGCAAGUGCGUCACCAUCCCCAGGUCCCUGGACGGACGCCUACAGGUGUCCCACCGCAAGGGGCUGCCCCAUGUCAUCUACUGCCGUGUGUGGCGCUGGCCAGACCUGCAGUCCCAUCAUGAGCUGAAGCCCCUGGAGUGCUGUGAGUUCCCCUUCGGCUCCAAGCAGAAGGAGGUCUGCAUCAACCCAUACCAUUACCGCCGAGUGGAGACACCAGUUCUGCCUCCGGUGCUGGUACCAAGACACAGCGAGUACAACCCCCAGCUCAGCCUUCUGGCCAAGUUCCGAAGUGCCUCCCUGCACAGUGAGCCCCUCAUGCCGCACAACGCCACCUACCCAGACUCUUUCCAGCAGCCUCUCUGUCCUGCACCACCCUCCUCUCCAGGCCAUGGGUUCCCGCAGUCUCCAUGUCCAACCACUUACCCACACUCCCCAGGAAGUCCUUCCGAGUCAGACAGUCCAUUUCAACACUCAGACUUCCGGCCAGUUUGCUAUGAGGAACCCCAGCACUGGUGCUCUGUUGCCUACUAUGAACUCAACAACCGGGUUGGAGAGACUUUUCAGGCAUCCUCCCGGAGCGUUCUCAUCGAUGGCUUCACCGACCCUUCCAAUAACAGGAAUAGGUUCUGUCUCGGGCUACUUUCAAAUGUAAACAGAAACUCAACCAUAGAAAACACCAGGAGGCACAUUGGAAAGGGCGUGCAUCUGUACUACGUGGGGGGCGAGGUGUACGCCGAGUGUGUGAGCGACAGCAGCAUCUUUGUUCAGAGCCGGAACUGCAACUAUCAGCACGGCUUUCACCCCGCCACCGUCUGCAAGAUCCCCAGCGGCUGCAGCCUCAAGGUCUUCAACAACCAGCUCUUCGCCCAGCUGCUCGCCCAGUCCGUGCACCACGGCUUCGAAGUUGUAUACGAGCUAACGAAGAUGUGCACGAUUCGGAUGAGUUUUGUGAAGGGUUGGGGAGCCGAGUAUCAUCGCCAGGAUGUGACAAGCACCCCCUGCUGGAUUGAGAUUCAUCUUCAUGGACCACUGCAGUGGUUGGACAAGGUUCUAACUCAGAUGGGCUCCCCACAUAACCCCAUUUCCUCAGUGUCUUAACAGUCAUGUCGUCAGCUACGCUUCCACAGAAUAGACGCAGGCAGUGGCUUCUAUCAUGACCACCUGCAGCUAAUGGAAGUUUUUGGAUGCAGAUGUAAAUACAUAUAAUGUAUAUUAUUCACAUUUUUAUCACCAUUUGUUUCGUGCUACCUAGUUAACCCAGGGCUAGUACUGUGUGGUUGAAGAGAGUGGUUUCCAGGCCAGCGCUAGAGUUAGAGGGGAAACAGUAUGUGAAGGGCAUUGGCAGAAUUGGAGGCCACUUCAGCUUGUCACUGUGCAGAAUGUUGUGCCCCCUAAUGAAAACACAAAGCUGCUUACAUUAAGAAAAAGAAAAAAAGAAAAGGCCCAGGGUUUAGGAGCACUAGAGUAAAACCCAAUCAAAUCCACGUAGUUUAAAAGAUCUCACGUUCAAUGUGAAUGGCAAGAAAGAAAACCAAACCUGUUCAGUGAUCUGUUAGGUAAACCUCAGAAACGUCAUCUCUGAAGUCGGAAUUUGCACAGCUGGGCACUGUGCUGACGUCAACGGUACAUUUAAGCAGAUUGAAACUGUGAUUGGAAAGAGAGAAACUGUGAAGCUUAGAGUCAUGUUGCCACUGCUUAACAGUAAAAGAGGCGAAGAAGGAGAAACAGCCCGAGAUGAGCUACAGUCCUAAGUGACAGGACUAGUCCAGAAUUCGGUGCCAGGAGCACAGGGGGCUCCCCCUCCCACUCUGGAAGUCAGGUUCCAGCCUUCCAGUUCUCCCUGUCAGGUGACCUUGUGGUUGGCUGUGUCUGCCUGCGUACACUGUGGGCAAGCCCUUUGCAGAGACGAACCUGUCGACUAGAAGGUUGGGAGGAGCAUCAUGUGGCAACCUGCGCUUUCUAACAUACUCAUAUGGAAGCCUCCAAGGCAGGGCACCCCUUCACCACAUCUUUCCUCUUGGUGACAAAUAUCAAUUAGUUAUAAUGAUUAAAACAACAGCAAAGCCCUGGGGGCAAUCUAGAGGCAUCUUUGGAUCAUAUUUAUGUAUUACUUAGCCUGGUACCUGUGUUGAUUAAGUUAUUAGCUGGUUACAUCUGGCAGCCUCUUCUAAAGCUAUGAAAUACUUGGACAUAAAUUCCCAAGUGAAGUGUGAAAGUUUCAUGUGCCCUACAUUUUUGAGGAAACAGUGGUAGUGAAUAAUAAGCAUCUUUAGAAAUAUCUUAUGUAUAUACAUGCAUAUGUUAGUGUGCAUGUGUUAUUAGAGCCUGUCAUUUCCUUCUUUGGAUGAUAAAGGGAAAUGUCUUCCAGAUUCCACGGUACGUGCCUCUCGAUGAUCACCGCAUUGCUUAUAAGUUUACUUCGUGCCCUUUGGGAAGCACAUUCUUUAAGAUGGCAUUUGUGCUUGUAAAGGAUGGAGCUCCUAUAAGCCGAGUUUCCUUCGUUUAAUCCAAUCUACCUAGCAUCAAGACACAUGCAUUUGUUGUUCCCCAUUCAAUUGUAUUUAAGAUAGAUAUGAUGUGACAAGUCACACUCACAAUGCCUACUGUAUCUAUAAAACCUAUCAUGUAUCUAUCAUGAAUAUACAUGAUACACAUAUCAAAAGAUACUCGUUUAUGUCUCGCACUAAAGCCUGGGAGCCCACUUAGAGUGUAGGAAAGCCCAAGCUUGUUGACUCAUUAACCCUGUCCUGCAGAUUUGUGUAUACUAGGGACAUUGUCAGGUGCUGCGGAAUCAAAUAUACAUUGGAGGUAGUCCCCACCUCCAUGGAGCUGCAGAUCUAACAGUAAGUCAUUGCAGACACUAGGUCUCAGAACUUCUAAAACCCACACAUGUGAAUUUUCUUUCACUUGAAAAAAAAAAUGUAACCAAGUUCUCUAUUUUUACUAUAUUGAAAUUUUAUGUCUCUUCGGAACAAUUAGGUAAUUUAUCUUUGUGCAAGUGCCACUUUUAUUCCUAGCCAUCCCACCUCCUUGCAUCCCCAUGUCUCUGGUAAUUCUCCCAGCUUCUUCCUUGGAAAAGUCAUUCAUAUGGCAGAUCUCCUCUGAGUACUCAUUCAAGGACACAAAGUAUUUGUUCCAGAUUUCUAACAGUCCUUUUGAUCUCUUCACAAAGGGUCAAACAUCCUCUGGCAAUAUGUAACUUUAUCGAAUUGUUCAGAGGUAGAAGCUUCCAGAUGUGGUAGUGCCCACCUUUAAUCUCAGCACUGAGGAGGCAGAGGCAGGUGGAUCUCUGUGAAGUUAAGGCCAGCCUGGUCUACAGAGUGAGUUCCCAAACAGUCAAGGCUAUACAGUGAGACUCUGUUUCAAAACCAAAAUAGAAGCUUAGAAACAAAACUGAAAAACAAAAUAAGCUACUUGGAUUUCCUUGCAACAUUAAGAAAGCAGACAAAAUAUCAAAGUGUGCCUGAUUUCUCUGAGAAAGGAAUCAUGACAUAGGUUCAUAUGUAUCAGAGAAUUUAGCAUUAAAGAGAUGUUAGCCCUCUGCUCCUGUAACAGUUACACUUUAAUCAGUUUUUUCCUUUGGCUGCUAAAAGGUCUAAAAAAAAUCAUAAUGUAAUACUUGACUUUAGACUCCUUUGACCAUUUGGCAUGCAUUCCAUGAAACAGACAAGCAAAAAUAUGCUGUGUAGUGUUGUUUCACAGGAUGAAGGGGAAAGCAGGCAGGCCAAGUCUUUACAUACUGCAAGCGUGGCUCUGGUUGCCCUGGCCUGCCCACAUGGUGCUGGAUGUUUAUCACCAUGUUCAAGU